UUUAUCACCCUCACUUUCAAUUCACCACCACUGACACCUUUGCGGCUGCAAAAAAAAAACCUCCGAUUACACAACAUCAUCCCUCACUUCCAACCUACACACGACACCUAUACCUUUAAAACACAUUCCCAAAAGAAAAAGGAGACCGAGACAAUGUCCGACGACGAAGACUAUUACGACGAAUACGACGAGGAUAUCUUCUGGGUGGAGGAACCCGAUCCCACCAUUGCUCAACCUCCACCAACGACGCUAUCUUCUACGACCACCCCGCCCUCGAAGUCGAAGACUACUUCUCCGACUGGGACGAUCUGUCGGAUGACUACUACGACGAGGAUCCGACCGCCGUGCGCCGCGCCCGCGCCUUGGGCCUGUUACCUGCCGGCGGCGGCGACGGCGGCCAUCAUGACCAGCAGCAGCACGGCCAGCACAGCCACCCUCCCCGCGCUGCUGCUGUGACCAAACACCCACGUAAACCAAAACCGGCUGCCAAAAGAACCCCGUUCUUCGAUCUCGGCGCGUUCCAGAGUGUGGUCUGGAAAUCUCCGCAUCAGGAG